AUGGCCGCGGCAUUCCCAAACGUGUAUACCCAUCGCAAGGUCGCAGAGGCGUCGGCCAGGGCAUGCGACAUUUGCUACAAGCCGAGCACGUCGGUGCUCAUCACGCCCGAUAAGAAGGACUUCUUUUACGUGUGUCCGGUGCACCUCAAGGACAGGAACUUUGCCACGCCCAAGAUUGACGAGGAGGCCGUCAAGGCCAAGCGGGAGAAGGAAUUGGCCGAGGAGACGGAGAAGCUGAAGAAGGAGUACGAGGAGAGGCAGCAAAGGAAGAAGGACAAGGAGGCGAAGAAGAAGGAAGACAAGGACAAGGACAAGGAAAAGGACAAAGACAAGGACAGUAAAGACGACAAGGACAAGGACGACAAGGCCACGGAUAAGGACAAGGACGGCAAAGAGAAGGAUGAAGGCACAUCAACUCCCCAGGAGGAGGAGCCGCGAGUGUUUGAGCUCAAGAGCGCAUUCUAUCAGCAACGCCAGCUCAAGAAGCGCCAGGCUGAAGCGGCGAAGCGAGAUCGCGAGCGAGCCUCUCAGCCGGGGUAUUUUCCGUCUGUCCCAACCGGCCUGCCGGGCAAGUGA